AUGCCCCGUGCCCCACAGAAAUGGACACCAGAGGAGGACAAGCUCCUCUGCCGAGAAGUUCACAGUCAAUUGACCGAAGGGAGAGUACGAGAUUGGCGAUCAAUAGCGACCAAGAUUCCCGGUCGAACUAAUAAAGAUUGUCGCAAACGCUGGCACAACGUACUGUCCGGCGGAUUAAACAAGGGAUACUGGACAGAGGAAGAAGACAAACUCUUAACUCACGCAGUACAAACACAUGGAGAAACAUGGACCGUGGUCGCAGAUGUCGUCAAAACACGAAGUGCAGAUCAAUGUGCCAAGCGGUGGAAACAAUGCCUUGAUCCCCAACUAGACCGCAGUGAAUGGACAGAGCUUGAGAAUCGACGGUUAAUGGAGGCAUGCGCUGUCAAGGGGCGCCGGUGGAAAGAGAUCCAGAUGGAACAUUUCCCGACCCGGUCGCGGAACUCGAUAAAGAACCAACACACGAUUCUCACUCGUCGAUACAACAAACUAAAGAACUUGCGAGAAGCUCAGAAUGCUGUGAGCGUCGAGCCUGUACCUGAAGACGCUAGCUCGACGCCGAGUUCAUAUGAGGACUCGGGAGACAACACCAUCGAUAGCAGCGAUGAAGAUAGCGGCCUGGGAAGCGGCAGCACAGAGAGCAGCGAAAUUCAUGACCCCCGUAUCGCCGACGACGACGUGCCGAUGAGCAUCAACCCCGCAGAUAUCAUGGCCUUCCCACCCCAUGGGGUACCGGGGCAUAACGGCAUUGUGAACGGUUCAUCAUGGAAUAUGGCCGGCGCAUUGUCGGGAGAUCCUUGGGGUUUGCCCUCGGUAGGCGAGACUGAUAGCAUGGGAAUCUUCUUCGGUGGCAUGAUGCCCGAUCUGCAUACUGUCCCGCCGGAAGCAUUGCACGGUUUCAACCUUGAAGACGCGGCCACAGGCAAAGAUUGCAUUUGCCCCAGCUUGAUAUCACCCACAGAAGAGUUUCCCGGUGAAUAUAACCAUGGCGAUAAAUUCUUCGACGAGCUGAGCGUGUCAGCCAUGGAUACCGAGGAGCAGACCCUCAUGUCGUUGCAAGAAACUGUCACAUCCGGGAAACGAUGCGGGAAAAUCGUGCUGACGGUCGAGGAGCCCGACAAUGAUACGGUUGAGUCGUUAGUACAAAUUGCUUUCUCAAGCAAAUCGCGGUUUCAUUUCGCCCGCGAGUGA